UCGCCCUCCAUUCUCCACCCACCAUUUUUCUCCUCCUCCUCGCCUCCUCUUCCGUCUCCACCCCGCCCUCCUCCUCCUCGGCUCGGCUUGGCUGCCCAUGAACCUGUGGACGGACGACAACGCCUCCAUGAUGGAGGCCUUCAUGGCCUCCGCCGACCUCCCCGCCUUCCCUUGGGGUGCGCCGGCAGGGGGCGGCGCCUCGUCGGCCGCCGCCACGCCGCCGCCGCCGCAGAUGCCGGCGGCGAUGGCGCCGGGGUUCAACCAGGACACGCUGCAGCAGCGCCUGCAGGCCAUGAUUGAGGGCUCCAGGGAGACCUGGACCUACGCCAUCUUCUGGCAGUCCUCCGUCGACGCCGCCACCGGCGCCUCGCUGCUCGGCUGGGGGGACGGCUACUACAAGGGCUGCGACGAGGACAAGCGCAAGCAGAAGCCGCUCACCCCCGCCGCCCAGGCCGAGCAGGAGCACCGCAAGCGCGUGCUCCGCGAGCUCAAUUCACUCAUCUCCGGCGCCGCCGCGGCCCCCGACGAGGCCGUCGAGGAGGAGGUCACCGACACCGAGUGGUUCUUCCUCGUCUCCAUGACGCAGUCGUUCCUCAACGGCUCGGGCCUCCCCGGGCAGGCGCUCUUCGCCGGGCAGCCCACCUGGAUCGCCUCCGGCCUCUCCUCCGCGCCGUGCGAGCGCGCGCGCCAGGCCUACAACUUCGGCCUCCGCACCAUGGUCUGCGUCCCCGUCGGCACGGGGGUGCUCGAGCUCGGCUCCACCGACGUCGUCUUCCAGACCGCCGAGAGCAUGGCUAAGAUCCGCUCGCUCUUUGGGGGCGGAGGCGGAGCGGGGGGCGGCUCGUGGCCGCCCGUGCAGCCUCCGGCGCCGCCGCCGCAGCAGCCCGCGGCCGGAGCGGACCAGGCGGAGACGGACCCCUCCGUGCUCUGGCUCGCCGACGCGCCGGUCAUGGACAUCAAGGAAUCCCUGUCGCACCCGUCGGCCGAGAUCUCUGUCUCCAAGCCGCCCCCGCCGCCGCAGAUCCACUUCGAGAACGGUAGCUCGAGCACCCUCACGGAGAACCCGAGCCCCUCCGUGCACGCGCCCCCUCCCCCGCCGGCGCCGGCUGCCGCGCCCCCUCAGCGGCAGCACCAGCACAACCAGGCUCACCAGGGCCCCUUCCGCCGGGAGCUCAAUUUCUCCGAGUUCGCGUCCAAUCCCUCCAUGGCAGCGGCCCCGCCGUUCUUCAAGCCCGAGUCCGGGAGAUCCUCGACUUAUUAAUACAGUCCGGUAGGUCAUGAACACCCGUCGCCAGCGCCCCCCGCCGCCACAGCCAGCCUCACCACCGCGCCCGGGAGCCUCUUCUCGCAGCACACGGCGACCCUGACGGCCGCCCCGGCGAACGACACGAAGAACAACAACAACAAGCGUUCGAUGGAGGCCACCUCUCGCGCCAGCAACACCAACCACCACCCGGCGGCGACGGCGAACGAGGGCAUGCUAUCCUUCUCGUCUGCGCCGACGACGCGACCGUCGACGGGGACCGGCGCGCCGGCCAAGUCGGAGUCGGACCACUCGGACCUGGACGCCUCGGUGCGCGAGGUGGAGAGCAGCCGCGUGGUGGCGCCGCCGCCGGAGGCGGAGAAGCGGCCGCGCAAGCGUGGGCGGAAGCCGGCGAACGGGCGCGAGGAGCCGCUGAACCACGUGGAGGCGGAGCGGCAGCGGCGCGAGAAGCUGAACCAGCGCUUCUACGCGCUGCGCGCCGUGGUGCCCAACGUGUCCAAGAUGGACAAGGCGUCGCUGCUCGGCGACGCCAUCUCCUACAUCAACGAGCUCCGCGGCAAGCUGACGUCGCUGGAGUCCGACAAGGACACGCUGCACGCCCAGAUCGAGGCGCUCAAGAAGGAGCGCGACGCGCGGCCGGCCCCGCACGCCGCCGGGCUCGGCGGCCACGACGCCGGGCCGCGGUGCCACGCCGUGGAGAUCGACGCCAAGAUCCUGGGGCUGGAGGCCAUGAUCCGCGUGCAGUGCCACAAGCGCAACCACCCGUCGGCGCGGCUCAUGACGGCGCUGCGCGAGCUGGACCUCGACGUCUACCACGCCAGCGUCUCCGUCGUCAAGGACCUCAUGAUCCAGCAGGUCGCCGUCAAGAUGGCCAGCCGCGUGUACUCGCAGGAGCAGCUCAACGCCGCCCUCUACAGCCGCCUCGCCGAGCCCGGCACCGCCAUGGGCAGGUAAUCGGGGCUUGCUCGGCGCACCUGUGUCCGGCCUGCCAGAUAGGGACGAUACUGUUACCGUUACCACCACCGGAUCGUGAGCCGUCGUCACCUCCAUUGUUACAGCAAGAUAGCCAGAGAGAUUCAGGAGGAGGAAGACGAUUACUCCGGUGUUGCUGUAAACUUUAGAAGGGGAGGAUGGAUGAUGAUACUUAGCUCCUGCUGUUUUGUUCAUCGUCGUCUCUGUUUUUUUGCUAGUAGCGUGUUAAUUAGCAGUAUUGAGCAAUCAGCAGGCGUCCAUCCAGUCUUGUUAAUUACUACCCUAUACCUAUAUUGUUUAUGAGCUGUGAAUGUGAUGAUGGAUCGAUCGACGCUAGCGUUGGUUGGAUCGAAAACUGUAUAUAGGAUGGGUUGAUCGUCGUUGUGCCCUGAUGUAUGUAUUUUGCAGCAGGAUCUCGCCUGAAAUGGAGUCUGUUUUUUUGAUCGCACAGCAA